AAAAUCUAUAACCAGUAUGUUCCCUGUUUGUCCAAGAAUAAGGUUUAAUUUUAAUGGAGCUUAUUAAACUUAAUGUAAGUCGAUGUUCAGAAAAGAUUAGCAUGAAGAUAGAUGAGAAAUUAGGCCAAGCCCAUAAAGACCACAGGAAUCAACACUAAUAACCAAAAUAAGCAAUCGGCAGAAAGUGAUAAGAUAGCCUGAGUUGCUCAUGAAUAUCCGCUGAUCAAUCCUUGCUUUUCUUACGUCGAUAAAAGCUCAACGAUUCUUUGGCUUCGUGCACCAGUAAAGGCAAUAAAAUUUCCGCUGUAUUGAUAUUGAGCACUAAGCUUCACCUGCAAACCCUGAAUAAACCUUGGAAUUAACACACAGCAGCAUGUCCAUUAUGAAGCAGCAGUGUGUGUCGGACCUAGAAAAUGAGAGGAAAAACUGCUCCUUUGAUAAAGAGGAGUUGACCAAUAUCAUAGAUGGUGGGGUUGAGAAGACUCAGUUUAGAAGAAGACUUGAGGAAUAUUUUCUCCGUGACCCUGAGUUUUUGGACAGCAUCGGGCCUGACUACAUGAGUCAUGAAGAUCGCUAUGCAAAUGAGCUCCGCAAGGCUUGCCACAUGAUUCACAAAUUUUCAGAGAAUGAGGAAAUAAACCAAGUUAUAGGUCGUCCAGAUGGAGUGAGGAGUAUCAUGGGAUUGGGUUUUCUUGGAGCACUGACAAGAGAUGGCAACCCUCUGCAGCUGCAUCUUGGCAUGUUCAUCCCAACACUAAUUGGACAAGGAACUCCUGAACAGCAAGAGAAGUGGCUGGGCAAAGCGGUCCUUGGAGAAAUCAUAGGAACUUACGCCCAAACAGAGAUGGGCCAUGGCACCUUUCUGCGAGGCUUGGAGACAACUGCGACCUAUGAUCCAUCGACUCAGGAAUUCAUUCUUCACACUCCAACCAUCACAGCUACGAAAUGGUGGCCAGGAGGAUUGGGUAAAACAGCAAAUUACGCAGUUGUCAUGGCUCAGUUGUAUACGAAAAGACAGUGUUAUGGACCCCAUCCCUUCCUUGUGCAGUUAAGAGAUGAAACGACGCAUCAGUCCCUCCCAGGUCUGACUGUUGGAGAGAUUGGGCCAAGACUUGGUAUGAACACGUCUGAUAAUGGCUUCCUUAGGUUUGACCAUUUCCGUAUUCCACGCACAAAUAUGCUAAUGAAGCAUUCACAAGUUUUGGAGGACGGAACAUAUGUGAAGCCUUUGAGUAGUAAAUUAGCGUAUGGCACAAUGGUGUAUGUGAGGGUUGGCAUAUGCUUCUACUCAUGCCACUUGCUUCAGAAAGCUGUAACAAUUGCCACGCGUUAUUCUGCUGUGCGCCAUCAGUCAGAAAUGCUUCCUGGAAUGCCAGAACCACAGAUUCUAGACUAUCAAACCCAGCAGUAUAAAGUCCUGCCACAAAUUGCGACGGUGUUUGCCUUGCUGUUCUCUGCUCGCAGUGUUGGUGACAUGUUCGUUGAGGCCACGAAGAGCAUGAACGAAGGCAGCUUGGCCCUGUUACCUGAACUGCAUGCACUCUCAUGUGGCCUCAAAGCCCUUAGUUCUACGGAUUCCACAUCAGGCAUUGACAUCUGCCGUCUCUCAUGUGGUGGGCAUGGGUAUUUGGCUUCAUCAAGUUUCCCACGUCUUUACACCCUCUGUACUGCUACUAUGACCUAUGAGGGUGAAAAUACUGUCUUAUGGCUUCAGGUCGCCAGGUACAUCAUCAAGUCUUAUCAGGCAGCUAAGAGUGGGAAAGUUGUAGGUCCUUCAGUGGCUUACUUAGUUGGUAAAAACACGACGGAUGUAAAAACUGAUCUGUCUAAUGCUGGCCUUUUAGAAGCAUGUAGAAAGUCGGUAUGCGCAAUUGUGGCAGAAGUGGAAUCAAGAUUGCAGCAUUUGUGCAGUAAAGGGCAAGAUUUUCAUCAUGCUUGGAACAACAUGUCUGUCUUCCUUGUUAAGUGUGCUCAGGUACAUACACGGUACUAUGUGUGUGAGCAGUAUGUGCAGAUCAUUGAGAACCUCAAGCUGAGUGAUGGAUUAAGGGCAGUCUUGAGGAACCUGUGCCGGUUGUAUGUAGUAAAUCACAUCAUAGUCCACCAGGGUGACUUCCUUAGGUGUGGUGCUUUAUCAGCAAGUGAUAUGAAUGCAUUGGAGGAAGAGAUGAGUGAUCUUCUGGCAGCUCUACGACCCCAGGCAGUCUCCAUUGUUGAUGCUUUUGACCUGGACGACUUCAUUCUCGACUCUGUUCUUGGCAGCAGGGAUGGAAAUGUGUAUCAGAGGUUAUAUGACGAGGCUCUGAAAAGUCCCCUGAAUCAGAAGGAUGUUCCCGAUGCCUAUUAUAAGUACUUGCGCCCUUUGAUGAAGGCUAAUCUCUGAGUGGUGAAUGGAGUCAUCUGUCCUGUAGAGUCAAAAAAGGGACUUAGCUGAUUGACGAAACUCCACCAGAAGUGUGUCACUCCAAUUUUAUUACAGAGCUACUGUAAUCUCAGUUUUCUUCUUUGUUGUUUUAAAGCUUUUAGGAUAUCCAAUUAUGAAUUUGUAAUUCUGUGAAAGUAUGUUGUAUUUUACAGACAGAAUAUUUAUCUAUUUAUCUAUCUGUAUAUGUAUAUGUAUAUGUAUAUAUUUUUUAUGUUCUUUUAGUUGAAUUACAGAAUUAUGCUUUUUAUAGUUGAUUUUAAGGAGGCAGAAAUAAUGCCUAUUCAUAUGGUUGUACUUUCCAGAUUUUUUUACAUUUUUACUAAUGAUUACUUAGUCACAACUUGUGAACUCCAGAUUAUGCUAUCCUCAUAAAGAUUUUUUUAUGUGACAAAAGUAAUUGUUUCAGGUCAGAAAAGAGGAAAAUUGGUGUGAUGUUAACUUUUGGAAGUGGAUUUUAUAUAAUUUAAAUAUAUGGGUUUUGAUAACAAAGUCAUAGUAAUUAUUACUAAUUUUGUAUAUAGAGAGAUUUAGCAAUACAUAUAGUAUUCCUUUAAAACAAUAUAUAAUACUCUGCAUUUAAUUUUU